ACUCCGCCCUUCAGUCCCCCGGUGAGGACAGCUUCCGUUACAGACAGACACGUUAGAGAUUCUCCGCGAUUUCGGGGAUCAUUAGCGGUUAUUUAUCCGGUCGUUUUAUAUUCGGAACAUUUUUGGGGGGAUUUUGGUUUAUAAAAGGGAAAACACCACUUCUGGAAGAAACAACGAACAAGAGUUUUAUCUCGAAACUGAUUCAACUUUCACCCGUUUUCUGGAGGAACGGAACGGAACGGGGAUCUAGGAAGUGUUUCGUUUCCAGUCAAAUAAAAACCGAGAGAAAUAAAAAAUAAAGAAAUAAAGAAAGGACAAGAAGAGUUUAUUUUCCCUGUAAAAGUUUUUUAAAACCGCAGACAGACGAGACUUGUUUAAAAAAAAAAGAGUCUCAUCAUCAGAAUAGUUGAACAAGUUACCGACGUCCACAUCCGGUUGGAUUAAAGAACAGCUGCUGUCUGACUCAGACUAAAACACAUCCCGGACCGGGGACUUGGAGCGGUCAUGUGUGACGGGCGUGGCGUGGCGGAGGAUUUAUCCCGGGUUUACCUGUGUCUGCGUGUUUGUACAUGAAGAUGUUUUUUUUUUGAGUCUCCACUGGGAGAUUAACCCGUGAUAAUCUCACAGAGAGACAUUUCACAUUCAGUCUGGAACAAUUUACUUCCGCUCUAUUGUAUUGUGUAGUGUGGUGUGUUUUUACAACACGACGAGACGCACCCGACUCCCUUUUGGACGAGCCGGUACUUUAUAUGGUGCUACCGAUUAAUAACCCGUCGGUCUGUCUCGGGUUUCUGUCGGGUUUUUCAGGAGAAAAGUUGUAUUUAUUUAGUGUUUUAUGGGAACACGUCGUGGGAAACACGGAUACCAAUACAACAUGAGACAGUUGAACUCUUUCGGAGAAAAAAGGUUUUGAUUAAAAAAAUCUCCCGGGUGAUUUAACCCGUCAUGUUCUUCAGUAACACUCCGCUCUGUAAUAUUUAUUGCGUUAUAUAUUAUUGAUCCGUCCGGGAUUUGAUCAGUCAGGUAUUGAUCAAGUGUAGAGGCCAUGGCUCUGUCUCAGGUACAGUGUCUAGAUGAGCAUCACAUCAACUGGCGUGUGACCGAGUCCAAACCAGAGUUUUUCUACAGCGAGGACCAACGUCUCGCUUUAGAGGUUCUGCUAACCGGUGGACGAGAUGCCUUCAACAGCUACCUCAGUGACCACGAUCUACGACACUUCCUGUCCGAACCGGAGACCUUACGGCUGGAGGGCACCGUGGUGGUCUACCGGCCCGGGAACGAGGCGGGAGCGAACGACCCGUCCGCGAAGGAGUACGACGGAGGAAACGGACCGCUGUCGUUACAGUACUGGCCCGACCGCUCUGAAGGUUCUAUACCCGACCUGGAUCUGGGCUGGCCCGACGCCGCGUCGUACAGAGGAGUGACGCGGGUCAACGUGCACACGCAGCCACCGGCUGAUGGUCAAACGCACAUCAAGGAAGUGGUUCGGAAGAUUAUAGCCCAGGCUCAGAAGGUAGACUACACACAGGACAGUCUACAGACUAUAGCCCAGGCUCAGAAGGUUAUAGCUGUAGUGAUGGACCAGUUCAGUGACGUCGACAUCUUUAGGGACCUGUUAGACGCGGCCUAUAAGAGAAGAGUUCCUGUCUACAUCGUCAUGGAUACGGCUGCCGUUUCCUGCUUCCUGGACAUGUGUUCUAGGGCCAACAUGCACCGGGGACACCUCAAGAACCUGCGCGUGCGACACAGUGAAGGAGUUGAGUUCUACACUCGAUCGGCCCAGAAGGUCCGAGGUUCCCUCAGUCAGAGAUACAUGCUGGUAGACGGAGACAGAGCCGUGACCGGGUCAUACAGCUUCACGUGGUCGGCGUCUCGUCUGGACCGGAACCUGAUCACUGUUCUGAGCGGUCAGGCAGUUGAGACGUUCGACAGACAGUUCCGUGACCUCUACAUGACCUCUAGGGGCGUGUCCCUCGCCAAGGUCCCGCUGGAGGAGGAGCCUAUCCCUGACCUCACCCCCGUCGUCGUCACCCCGGCGCCUGUCUCCGCGGCCGUUGCUAGGAAACUAAUCAACCCUAAAUACGCCCUGGUUACGUCACAGGCUAAAGCUAACAAUGCUAGCCCAGCUAGCUCCGCUAACGACUCCGGCAACAAGAACUCCACAACCCAAAAUCCACUGGGACGGGUUCUAAAGCCUGCCAGAGAGCCAGUCGAGGCCCCGCCACUCCACCCGGGACUAGCCAAUCUGGAGAAGGCGUACCUGAUCCAAUACCUGCCCACCUGGCCCGAGCCAGACCCUCCCCGCGACGUGAUUGGCUUCAUCAACGUGAGAGAUGCGUCCCGCCCCCAACAGGUCCACCUCCAGAGAAGUCAACAGUUUGAGACCAGCCAGGCCAUCAGAUUCAGCUCUCCCUUCAGUGUGCCUGAGAAACCCCUACCUGAGACUGCUACUCUACGGAAUACACAGCACGACAAACAUGCACCUGACACUCAGCACCCUGAUACACAGAAACCUGAUACACAGAACCCUGAUACGCCUGGUACACAGAACCCCGGUACACGGAACCCUGAUACGCGGAACCCUGAUACGCAGAACCCUGAUACACAGAACCUUGGUACACAGAACCCUGAUACGCCCGGUACACCCCCCUCCGCCCCUCCAGUCCCUAAACCUCGCACCCUGCAGCUCCUCAUUGGCCCUGCCCAGUCACACCAGUCUGGCCAACCACAGGUCAGCCUGGUCCCCAGGACCGAAAGCCAAUCAGGGACACCGCCUGCCUCCAUCAGCCAAUCAGAAACACUGAUGGAUACCAAGUCCCGCCCUGGACAGAGAGAUGAGGAGGAGGAGGAGGGGCUCGAGGAGGAGGAGUGGCUAGAGGAGGAGGAGUGGCUGGAGGAGGGGCUAGAGGGGAGGCGGGGCAGCAGUAGUCAUGACGAUAAUGGCAGCGCCACGGCGCUAUGUGACCAGACAGCCAAUAACACGUCGUCUGAUGACUUAUACUACGAGUGCAACGAAUCAGACCCCACAGAAUCCUCGCCGGUGGCCAAUGGGGUAACGGCAGAGUUGGGCCGGGUUGACGAGGGUCAUCGUCAUGGAAACGGGGUCAAUGUGAUGGCGAGGUUCUCCCAGAGCAUGCUGGACCUUCGGCCUGACAGCCAAUCAAACGACAGGAGAGUUCUAAUGAGCCAAUCACAGGACCGAAGGGCUCAACAGACACGGUCACACAGACACAUCGGACAGUUGUUUCAGAGCUCCAGGUCGCCAGGUCGUGAUGGGCGCCAGAGGGGCAGGGCUAAAGUCGUCAUUGCCAAACCAGGAAGUGUCCACCGCUCGCCACUAGCAUCGUGCCCUGUGAUCGGAGGACAUCGCUACUUGCAGGGCCAAUCACUGCAGCCCUCCGAUACUCGCUCCAGCCGGUCGCCACGACGACACAGCCCUGCCUACAAAGGGUCGGGAUUUCCCCCUGGCCACGCCUCCCCACGUCGAGCAUCCAAUCCGGCAGGAGCUAUGGGCGUGUCCUUCUCCAAACUGACCAAUCAACUACUGAGGGGGCAGUAUAUAGCCUCACAGACGAUAGCGUCGCUUGACAACAAGGAGGUCGGCUAGGAUUGGCUAAUGUAUGGACCAAUGGGACGGCUAGCAGGAAAUUAAACAGACAAUGUAACUGGAUGUUGUUGUUUUUUUAUGUUCCUCUGAUUGGUUGCUCUGACCAGAUCAUGCGUCUGGUUGGUUGCUCUGUCCAGAUCAUGUGUCUGAUUGGUUGCUCUGACCGGAUUAAUAACUUGACUGGAUGUUUCUCUAUCUUUUAUUAAAGAAUGUUAUCUGAAUGUUGAAAAUUAGACUGGAUGAACGGAGAAUAUUGUAGAUGAACAUGAUGCAGUAACUCAGGGUUACCAAGAUUCCCCCUACUACAACGUGAUGGACCCCAAAAUAGAUUCACUCUACUACAACGUGAUGGACCCCAAAACAGAUUCACUCUGCUACAAUGUGAUGGACCCCAAAACAGAUUCACUCUACUACAACGUGAUGGACCCCAAAACAGAUUCACUCUGCUUCAACGUGAUGGACCCCAAAACAGAUUCACUCUACUUCAACGUGAUGGACCCCAAAACAGAUUCACUCUACUACAACGUGAUGGACCCCAAAACAGAUUCACUCUCCUACAACGUGAUGGACCCCAAAACAGAUUCACUCUACUACAGCGUGAUGGACCCCAAAACAGAGGAUAAGUUUAGCCUCUCGCUUCAUAUUCUUAGUUUUCGCAGAAGUCGUUCUGCUGUUUACUUGGUGCAUCGCUGACUCUACCUUUAACUAACCUUGUCUGGAUGUUUAUCUACUGUAACAUGAAUUGAAUGUUUUGACAAGACAUUUGCCAGGUACUUUUUGAAUGUUUGACAGAAAUUUUAUUUCAGUAUUUUUUUAUUUUUUUACAUGGGCUUUUUUCCUGGCCAAUGGGGCGAUCUGGACGUUUUGUUGAAACAUUAAGAUUUUAAGGAUCUUUAUUAGAUUUUUUUUCCUCUGUUUGCGAGGUCUGUCCUCUCCAGGCCUCCGUAGUCUGACCAGCUAGGUUUAGCUGGGCUGGAGAGACUCUGGGUGGCAUAACGCUCACUCUGAUUGGUUACUGGGACAUUUUAAAUGUUUUUUUCUUCCAAAUGUUGUACAUGAACGUUGUUAAAACGUUAGGAGAAUGUUGUUGUUAAUAAAGUGAACUUGACUAAA